ACUAAGAAUACGUUUUGUAAGAACUGGGAGAGAGUGGAUCGGGCAAUAACUCAGACGAAAAAUCGGUGUAAGAACUCAGAUUAAUCCUUUGAUUUCUGGGUGCAAUCCUUAUGUUUUCUGAUGAUUAACAAACAACAAGCGAUUGUCGAUGGUUCGAUUGAACCAGGAGGGUUUCAAACAAGUCAAAAUUCAGAUGUUAAUAUUCAAAUUGAUGUAGCUAGGGAUUCGGAUGAACAUAUGAUGGAAUCUGAAGUUGGAACUGAAGGUAUGCAAAAUGAUCAACAGAGAAUAGAAGAAGAUGGAUUUGGUUUGCAAAACAAUCAACCUUUGAAACAGGGACCCUUGAAACCAAUUUCUUAUAGGGAUUUGUUUAAGAAUUCGAAUGAAAGUUGGAAAAAUUGCUUCAAAGAGUGGGGUUUUCAGGAAAUCGACUUGGAAUUUGAGGAAGGCCAUACGUCGAUGGAUAGUACUACUGAGGAAGAUGAUGGGAUUCCGAUUAUCAGUUUGGAUUUGGAAAACAAGAAGAGAAUUAUCCAACCUUGGAAAUACUGCCUAAUUGGGAAGGUGGUAGGGAAAACGGUAGGGUAUAAAUUUUUAUCUUUUAAAGCUAAUGCAAUGUGGAAGCUAUCAGGUAAGAUGCAUAUCCUUGAUUUGGGUAGUGAUUUUUUUCUUUUCAAGUUUGAUAAUCAUUUAGAUUAUAAAUUUUCUUUGUUAGAAGGUCCUUGGUUUAUUGUAGGUCAUCAUCUUUCCUUGCGAAGAUGGAAACCAGAUUUUAAACCAUCUGAGGCUUCAGUGAACACUACAGUUGUUUGGGCUAGACUUCCCGAACUCCCACUUGAAUACUUCGAUAAAACUGUAUUGGAGAAGGUAGGAGCUAAAAUUGGUAGAUUGAUUAAGGUUGAUGCAACCACUGAGCAUGUGUUAAGAGGCAAAUUUGCUAGAGUUUGUGUUGAGGUGUCUACUGAUAAACCGUUAGUUCCUCUAGUUAAAAUUGGGAGAGUUUUACAAAAGGUUGAAUAUGAAGGUGAUCCAAAAACUGUUAACUUAGAGGAUAGCUAUGGUCCCUGGAUGAUUGUCGAGAAGAAGAAGAAAAAAAUAAAGGGAAGCAUCCCAGUGGUCAAGACAGGCAGCCUAAUGGCAGUAGGUUAGGUGUUUCAAACAGAUUUACUUCAUUAGCUGAGCAGAAUGUCAUGGAGAAGAACGAACAAGGCAGUGAAGAAGAAUUUAAUGCUAAGAUUGAUAACAGCAGCUCGCACAUUAAUGGUGUUAGUGGAGGGAAUGAUAAAAGAUUAGAGAGUCAGUUACAAACUAGAUCAAUGAAAGGGUUUAAUGGAUCCUCUACUAAUGAUGAGUUAUUACAAGUUAAUCAGGGAAGGAAUUUGAAUAGAAAGAAUAACAAUUUCAAUAAAUCUGAUGGUGGGUGUGUGAAUUCUGCUAGCCCAGUUAUUGUGAGUGAUCCUAUAAAUAAAGGGAAAGAUAAAUUAGACUCUUCUACCUUCCUUAGAAAUAUAGGAGUUGAUGGAGGACAACAAUCAGUCACAUCAAUUUCGUUUACAAGAAACAGAGGAGCAGAUGGAGGACAGCAUUCGGUUCCAACAAAUUCUCUCUCAGGUCUAUCCAAGACUAUUGGAGGUUUCUUGGACAGUGGAAGACUUGUUAGUUCGAAAAGCCCAAGUAGAACUUCUGGCGAUGGCAAAUCAUCUGACAGAAAUUGUGAUAGAGAAGAUAAGACAAGUGGAUAUAAGGAUUCAUCUCAUAGAGGACGUUGCACAGUUGAGAAGGCUUAUGAAUCAAGCACUGCCGGAGGUGGUGCAUGCCCAGGAACAGCUGGAUUGGAGUGUAUUUUUGGACAGAGUCAAUCAGGUAUUGACACCGCUAAGAUUUUCCCCCUCAAAUUGGACACACAUGGAUCCGGAGGAAUUUCUAAAUCAGGGAAGGGAAGAACUAGAAUGCGUGUCAAGGAUGUGGCCAGAAGCAACAAUUCUAGUGGCGGAAAUAGCCCCAAUGGUGGAAACUCCGGCUCUUAUAAGAAUCCCAAGCGAUCUUUGGAAGUUCGAGAUGCUUUUCAAUACUCGCUUGGAUCCGGACCAUUCCUACCAGCGUCAGUUCAUGACAAAGUUCAUUCCGAUGCUGGAGUUGAACAAAGCAGCCAUUGCAAGGAGAAUGGAAAUGCCGGUCUUCAGCGGACCAUCUGGGAUUGUUUCCUUGGCUCAUUGUAUAAAUAAUUUCUCAAUGAAGAUUUUAGUCUGGAAUUGUAGAGGUGCUGCAAGGCCCUCGCUUGUUCGAGUUAUGAAGAAUUUAAUCAAGAGACAUAAGCCAACUAUCGUGGAUUUGCUAGAGACAAGAGUGCUGGCUUCCCAUGCAGCUGGUAUUGUCGGUCGUUUGGGUUUUGCAGAGUCUAUUGUGAUUGACCCUGAGGGUUUUUCUGGGGGUAUGUGUUUGUUAUGGGAUCCGGAGGAGGUGGAUAUUCAGGAUACUAAGGAAUCUAGGUGGGCUAUUCAUGCUGUGGUCACUGCGAAAUUUAAGAGCCCCUGGAUUUUAUCUUCUUUUUAUGAGAGCACCAACAAGGUCACUAGGAAGAGGAUUUGGGAUGAGUUAGGAGCCAUUGCCGAGUUUGGUCAAACAGGUCAUAUGGUUAUGGGUGACUUAAACAAGAUUGGAGCUAGAAAUGAGAAACUGGUCGCAAGGAACUUUCAGUUAAUCAGUUGCAGGAGCUCAAAGAUGUCAUGGAUCAAUGUGGCUUGAUUGAUUUGGGGGAAAAUGGACCAAAAUUUACUUGGAAUAAUAAGCGUACUGGGCUAGCUAACAUCAAGGAAAGGUUGCACCGUGUGUUAGCUAAUGCAACAGCUUCAAAAAUGCACAGGAAUCAGUGGGGUGGUUAGAGAUGAUGCUGGUGCUUGGCAGGAUUUGCAAAACAGAUUUACCAGAAUGGAUGCAAUGUGGCUGAAGUGUGGGAUGCUAGAGAUGGCCUUCUUCUUGUUAUGCAACUUGGGAUCAAAAAUCUCGAGGUUGAUUGCGAUUCCUCUUAUACUCCCUCCGUCCCUAAUUAGAUGACCUAUACCAUAAAUAAGUGGAGUGAUAGAUUAGUAUUAUUAUAAAAAAUAUGUAAAAUUUGAUAGUCAUAUUUAUAUUCAUUAGAUAGGUGUUUUAAAAUGCUCUCCGACGAUACAAAGUUUACGAAAAUCCGUUGUAUAGUUUGAGAUAUAAAUCAUUUCUAAAUUUACUAGUAAAUUUUAACUAGGUCAUCUAAUUAGGGACGGAGGUAGUACCAUCCAACUCGGCAGAGGCGAAGUUGCCCCCCUUGGUAUCUCAGAGGGCUCGUCCAUGACAUUGUUGAUAUGAAAGACAAGUUUGAAGAUCUGGUGUUUGUUCAUCAGUACAGAGACACAAAUUUUGUUGUUGAUACUUUGUCGAAGAAAGCUGCUGACGGUGAUCUUGAAGGAGUGUGGAUUAAUAGUCCACCAGUAGAAAUAAUUAGUAAUAUUGUAGCUGACAUUCAAGGUGUUUCUCAUCCAAGAAUGAUCAAAGUUUAGUUUUGGUGUUAACAGACACAGUAUCAAAAAAAAAAAAAAAAAAAAAAAAAA